AUGACUAAUCUCUUUGUGUUGCUUGGAUUUCUGAUAGUUGCAUACUUUAGUGGUUAUAGAGCUGAAAAUGCCAUCUCACUAUACUGGGAAGAGCAUAUUGGUCUUCCACACCCUCCACAUUGGUUUGCUGCAAAGGCUUCUCCAUUGAACCUCCAUCAAAUGACAAUGUUUAUGAAACUUAUACAGGAAAAUGAGCUGGCUUCCCACCUACCUUCUUUCUGUAAGCAAUCUAAUGUUGCUUGUUCUACAAAUGCACUAGAGAAGAAGACCAUGGACAACACAACCCUGCCACCAAUAUCACAGUGGAAUGAUCUCAAAUUGAAAUAUGAAGGCCUUCCAAAUGAAACCCCCUUGUCAGUUGCCAGCCAAGGGGGACUGCCAUUUUUUCGGGAGUCAAUGGUGCAAGAAGGGAGUUUCAUGCCUGUUCCUGAUCUAAGAGACCCAAUGUCAUACAAAUCGUUCUUGCCGCGACCUUUGUCAUUAAAAAUCCCAUUUUUCUUUGCCCGGAUUGAGGAAUUGAAGAAGCUUUUUGGUGUGGUGGAUGAAUCAAACAUGGAUGAGUAUAUUCAAGACACCCUUAAGAAAUGUGAACAGAGCCCCAAUCAAGGUGAGCAGUGUACCUGUGCAACUUCCGCCGAGGAUCUCAUUGAUUUUGUCGUCGAGAAAUUAGGGCACCAUGUAAACUUAUGGAGUACUGAGAGUAUUGAAGGAUCUUAUACGAAUGUCACAAUUGGAGCUAUGAAACUAAUAUAUGGAAACCUCUCUGAACCACCAGCCUUAUGCCAUAGUCAGCCAUUCCCAUUUCAAGUCUAUUAUUGCCACAUUAUAGAGAAAGUAAAAAUAUAUGCAGUUGAUUUACAUGUUCAGAAGAAAGUGAAUCAUGCGAUCAUGGCAUGCCACUAUGACACAUCAACUUGGAAUCCAAACCAUCUUGCUUUUAAGCUAUUGGGUUUUGGCCCAGGGCUGAUUGAAGUCUGCCAUUGGAUAAAUGAGAAUGGACUAGUCUGGACAAAAACUCUAGGUUGAGCAUCAUUUGAAGAUUCAAUUAUCUUUCAGUUCUCUUG